AAUCUGCACGGAUUUCGAGUGGAAGUUAUCGUGUGUCUUGACCAGGUGACAGGUGGAAAUUCUUUUUUUGGUGCAGCAAAUUUCUCCAGUGAGCGAAACAUUUGUUGACAGAAGUUCGGAAUCGGAAAGUGAAAUAAUUCAAAUUAGCCAACAGUUUGUGUCCGUUUCCGUAGGACAGAAGCAACAAGUGAUACGGAUAAUUUCCCAUUUUGUUGGUGCCAGUAUUUAUUUAUAGAUUCUCAACCUGGAAAGCGCCGCGGCACGCACCAAAACAACAAGAGAAAUGGCCUCCCCGUCGUCAUCGUCGUCCUGCGCGUUCUCCCAGCGGGUCUUCGUCGCCCUGAUGGUAUGCACUCUACUGCUCAACCUAAGUUCCUUCACCGAGGCUCGGCCCCAGGACGACCCGGCUUCGGUGGCCGAAGCCAUCCGGCUUCUGCAGGAAUUCGAAACCAAACACGCCCAGCACGCUAGACCCAGGUUGGCACGCAGCGAACUACCCCCCAAUUAUAACAGUAUUCAUUCGGGACUUGACAAAAUAAUCGGCUAUUUCAUCUUAGAAGCUAUCGAUAGAGCACACUCAUCAGACGCUAGACCAAGAUUCGGUAAACGAGGCUUCCUCAUGCCAGUCGGCUACGGUCAGGAUGAACAGGAGCGAAACUAUUACAGGAUGAUUGGCAAGAUCCAGCGUUUUCAAGAUGAACAGAACGCCCUCAACUAAAAUGAACGAAGAACGUGUGAAGAUGUAAGAUGACAAUGAACGAGUAAAAAAAACAACACCUACAGAUGUUUAGUUUGCAGAAAACGAAACCACAAUAAACAACGAAAAACAUUUCCAUAAAAAUAUGACUGUCAAAAUUGGAUUUUUGAACGAAAGAUCAAUGCAAAUCAUAUCAUAAUCCCCUUUUCAAAUCACUAAUCAAUGUACUUCUGAACCAGCAUACGUUACACAAUAGUGACUUUAUAUCCCGUUUAUCGUAACCUAACCAAGUUUGCACUGUUUAAAUAUGCUGCUGCGAUUGUUUAGAAAGUAUGUAAAUAUAAAUUGCUUUGUAUAUAAGAUUCUUAGCUUCGGCAAUUGAAUUUGACAACAGUAAAGCUGAGCAGUUGAGCAAAUAAAUCUCACA